AUGUCGGCGGCUAUGGACAAGGCCCUGAUGGCCAUGUCGUUGGAAGAAGAAGAUACCCCUUUUGUGAUGCCGGAUCUUCCUGAAUAUCGAUCAACGGAGAGAAACAACAGAAGUUUGAUAGGGCGUCUUCUGAACCCUGCAUGUCAGAAGAUGGCAAAAUUGAUCUUAGAAAUGCCCCGGAAAUGGCAAAAGCAAGGCAGAGUCCGCGGCAUAGCAUUGUCGAGGGAGCGUUUCCAAUUCAUCUUCGAUCAUGAACACGAUCUGUUAGAUGUAAUUGAUAAGGGAGUUCACACCCACAAUGAAUGGCCUAUCGCUCUGGAGAGAUGGUCGGAAAAUCCACCCCCGGAUUCUCUUCAAUUUGUUCCCCUCUGGGUUCAAAUUCGCAACAUCCCACCGAUCUACUACAACGAGCGUGCAAUCGAAGCCCUUGGAGACAUCGUGGGUGAUGUCACCGUAGUAGCUUUUGAUCCCAACAAAGCUCAAUGUCAGGAGUUUGUAAGAGUUAAAGUGAGGUUUGAUGUCUCGAGACCUCUCAGAAAAGACAAGGUUCUCGAUCUACCUAAAGGAGAAAAGACAAAGAUCUUCUUUCACUAUGAAAGAAUUCAGAAGCGAUGCUACACUUGUCAACACAUGACACACGACCAAUCAGUUUGCCCUUUGGAGAUACAGCGAAGACAAAAUGAAGCAGCGUCGCGCAGAGCAGGUAUCCCAGUUGUGAAGAAGAAACCUCUUAUACUGCAGGAAUCUGAUCCUCUGUUUGGAGUUUUAUCUGAAAGUCAAGUUGGCCUUAAUCCAAACACUGGCAGACCAAAGAUUGCAGAAGAAGUCUUAGAAGGUAUGCGGCAAUACCUCUUACUAGCUACUGAUGAAGACAGUAAAAUCAGAGAGGAACGAGUCAAGAAGUCUGUAGCUGAAGCAGAGAAGGAUCCAAUCCUUAAGAAGACUGCGUUAAGUCUUGAACCAGUACCUAUGGUCACGACGGACUUACUGAAAGGGAAAGGCAUUGUGUUCGAUUAUUCAAGUGUCCAGAAGAAGUCUAUAGUGGAGGUAUCUAAGCCAUCAGAUCAGAAGCUGAUGGCGGCUUCCAUAAAGGCUAAUAGGGGUACAGUCUGGGGAGCAGAUCAUGUAAGGUUGAUUGAGGGUUAUACCUCUGAAUCAAAAUCAACUGGUUCUUCAUCCUCUCGAAGUAGCUCAACGGGUUGUAGAUUGGGCUCUCGUAAGUCCAAUCUUCCCGGAGUCACAUCUGCAAACCUAAAGACAAGGAAACGUCCGGGUAAAAACAAAAGGAAGUCCAAAGCUUCACCGGCGGUGGAAGAUCAAAUCCAGUUAUCUCUCAAGGAUGGUGUGCUCAUUGGAUGCUUGGAAAAACGGAAAACGCAAGAAGAGAUGGGAGGAGUGCCCAAAGCUGCGAAGCAAACAACUCGUGAGGUUGUCCCGCAUGAGGGACGGCCCAACGCAUAA